CUCUGCCAGUGCCAGUGGUCUCAGAGCGAGAAGAGGAAAAUGGCCGUUUUCUAUCUCUAGACAGGAACAUUGGGUGGCCCAAAAUUCCUGAUUGUGCAGCCUGAAACGCUCUGAAUAUGAUUUUGGCCAUUUUGGGGUGUUUAUCAAUAUCUGCCCUACAGACUUCUGCAUAUAAUGAUCUCUACUACAACAACGCGGAAAUCUUGAAUAAUUGGAUCGACUCGGCGGACCUUCCCUUACUCUCGGAUGCAGAGCUCAAGUUCUACUUGGAGAAUCAAGGGCAGCUGGACAAAGACUACGGUAACGAUGUGGAGGGGCUCCCCAAAGCCCGUGUCAAUGCUCUAGAGCCCGUCUUCCCUCAACUCAGUGAAGUCCAACGGAAAUUUGGUGUAAAUCCGUCGUAUCAGUCGUUUUACGAUCCCAGCUUCCGUCAAGUUGAAGGUGUGGCCGAUGAUAUUCUCGCUCCAAAGCAAAGAAUUUCAUCGCCAACCGAUGAGGUUGUUGACGAUAUCCUGACUUUGGUCGAGGAUGACGAUCGUGGUCGCCAAAGCGCCAAGAAGGCUUCUCAACAAGCGUUUUCCCGGAGCAGUGUCUCCAGACAAGAAAUGGAUCAAGACCAAAUGGACGAUCUUUACUUCACAACCAUCGUUGGAGUGUCAUCUGCAUUAGCCGUGUUCGCCAUUGUUGGGGCCGGGUUUUGUUACCAUAGGGUUCGACGCAAUUCCAAGGCCAGCGAGGACGUGGAAUAUCCCGCUUAUGGAGUCACUGGUCCCGGAGGAAAGGAGACCUCGCCAACUUCAGGAACGGACAGGAAACUGGCCCAAAACGCCCAAAUGUACCACUACCAACACCAGAAGCAACAGAUGAUCGCCUUCGACAGCGCUAAUGGAUUGGCCUCGGAGAAGAGGAAUGGCAACGCCUCUGAUUGCGAAUCAGAUGAAGGAGAAGAGGGGGAUUACACCGUUUAUGAAUGCCCUGGACUGGCUCCCGCCGGAGAAAUGGAGGUUCACAACCCGUUGUUCCAAGAUGACGACUCCACACCCAAGGCCUCGAAAUAGGCCCAAGGUGAAAACCGACUUCCUUCUUCUCAUCUUCAUCAUUCAACUGUCAAACUGUCAAACCCAUCCAUGGCCCUAAUAGUUUUAAACGCACCCACAGCCACAGGAAUUACCCACAAUUAUUGUCAGGACAUCUCCCCUGAAAGUGAAACAUGGCAUCCGAAAUCAGAGUCGAUCGAUCCUCUACCCUUCAAAUGAAACAAGAGCCACUAUUUUCAGGAAUGAUUCAGACACAAAUGACGAUAUCCACGCAGAUGUGUAUUUUCUUUCAACCAUGGCUUGAUGUCCGUCUCCUUUGUCCCCCUCCCCUUCCCCUCCUCUAUGACUUACCUUGAGCAUUAGGGAAAAGUAAUAGUUACUGGAAAAUAAAUGGACAUAUCGUACUUAAGAGAAAGAAGUGAGACGAGAAACCAACAGAUUUUAAGCUGAAGUAUAUGACAGACGAAAACAGAUUUAUAUUUAUGUUUACAGGAAAUGGUAUUUAACUCAAUCGAUGUUGUAGAGAAUUUCCUCCCCGCCUCCUUUCGAUACGAAAUUGAUUUGGUUCACAUAUAUAUAUAUAUUCAAGGAAACAAUCAGAUACCAUGCGUUGUGCAGAGCAUUUAUUUCCCAAAUCCCCCAUUCGAUCACCUUCCCUUCCCAAAUUUCUCCCCCAAAACACAUUCAAAAUUCCAAAUUUAGAGAAACGUUUUUCUCGAACACUUUACCAUUUGAUGUGACGAUUAUUUGCAGUCUGGAAAAGAAAUAAAUAUGGUGUUGAAUUGGCCUUAACUAAAA